AAGUUUUCAACCUUCAUGCAUACGCUUUGAAUUAAAUUUAAUUUCCUUAAUUUAAUUUGCCGUUUUUAUGAGGACAAAUCCAAAAUUAAAGAAAACAGAAAAAAGGGGUUUUCUGAUUUAAGGAAAAGAAAAAAAAAUUGGAGCUUUGUAUAUAUCUCUCUCUUGGUGGAGGAAUGCUUGUCACCUACUCAUUUUUAGUUUUCCACUAUCUCUGAAAGGAAGGCUUUCAGAAGGAAAGAAAGAAGGAAGAGCUUGUGAGCUCUUCACAGAAAGGUAUAGCUAGCUCUCUCUCUCUGUUUAUGCUCUGUUUUAAACACUCUUUGGUUUUUGGGGUGUGUUCUAUUUGUUGUGUUGGUGUUUGGGUUUGAUGGAGAGGCACAAGUGUAAGCUUUGCAUGAGGGGCUUCUCUAAUGGCAGAGCUUUAGGGGGUCAUAUGAGGUCUCACAUGAUGAACCUUCCGAUUCAUCAGAAUCCAGAAGGGGAGGAGGAGGAAGAAGCGCCGCAUGAUCAAAUGCUCAUUGAUGAAAUAGACUCGGUUUCAGCUUCUUUUUCUGAUGAUGAUGAUGAUGAUGAUGAAGAAGAACAAGGAGAAGGGGAGGAGGAAGAAGAAGAAGAUGAAGAAGGUUUGUAUUACGGGCUUAGAGAAAAUCCAAAGAGGAGCAUUCGAUUAGUAGAUCAUGAGUUUUCUUUUGCUGUGGAUGCUGGCUCUGUUGUUCUUCAGGACAGAGAGAGUGAGACCGAGUCGUCCAAGAACCCAACUCGGAGACGAUCCAAGCGGACUCGGAAAUCGGCCAUGUUUGAUCAUCAUCAUGAUCAUGACGAUCAUCAGCAACAUCAACAUCAACAUCAACUUCAUAAUCAAUACCACCAGCAUCAUCCAAAGCUUAAUCAACAUCACCUAGAAGCCUUCAAGAAAAUUAAGCUGAAAAACAAGAUAGAUUCUUGUGCUAAUAAUGUAGAGCCAGAACCGGUGAGUUCAAUUUCUGAUGCCACAACAGAGGAAGAUGUAGCCUUUUGUCUCAUGAUGUUAUCGAGAGACAAAUGGAAAAAACAAGAUAAACAACAAGAGGAUCAAGACGAGGAUGCUGAAGUUGAAUUAUAUAGAUCCUUGGACGACAGUGAUGAAUCCGAGGAACAACUGAUCAAGUUUCAAAAAACAAAAAGUAGUCGGGGAAAGUACAAGUGCGAAACUUGCAAGAAAGUCUUCAAAUCCUAUCAAGCUCUUGGCGGGCACAGAGCGAGUCACAAGAAGAUUAAAGCCGCCGCCGCUGCUGCUGCUAAUCCAAACCCGAAUCGCAUUGUUUACGAGCCCGAACCCGACCCAAAAAUUAACCACAAUGCAGGCAGUUCUUCUUUCGCAAAAACCCAUCAAUGCCCUGUUUGUUUCAGAGUCUUCUCAUCUGGGCAAGCGCUUGGUGGACACAAGAGAUCACAUGUGACAGGUUCUGCAGCCAUUAAUAACACUCAUCAUCAUACUCCUCCUGUAAAAAGCUUGGCUAAGCUAGGUGACAAUAUGAUAGAUCUUAAUCUUCCUGCUCCUGUUGAUGAUGAUGAGAUGAGCCAAAUCGAGAUUUCUGCGGUUUCUGAUGCUGAAUUUGUGAACCCAAUUAGGCGAUGAAUUCAAGUGUUUGUUGACCCUGUUGAUGAGUUCUUCUUCGCACAUAUGAGAUCGCUUUGAAUCAGAAAAAAGGCUUCAAUGUCGGAUUAUUGGUAUUGUUUGAUCGAGAUUUGCUAGUGUUGUAUGGAUAAUGAGUUUUCGAGGCAAGGGUAGGUUCCCGAGCAGGCCGUCUUUGUUCGGGACUUGAAUUGGCAGUCAUGAUAUCUAUUGGGAGAAGUUGCCGGC